CUUUUUUUCCAGCUGGUGCCAUGGGGCUUCCUGUCUUGUUUAUCGGUCUCCUGACAUUGCUUCUUGCAGGUCCUUCUGAAUCUGCAAAGACUGUGAAAGGAAUCGUGGGGCAAUCUGUCACUUUGCCCUGCACAUAUUCAGUGCAUGCAGGUGUCACCACUAUGUGCUGGGGGCGAGGAUGGUGUCCUCUGAAUAAGUGUUUAAAUGAAAUUAUCUGGACAGACGGACACAAGAUGACUUUUCAGCAUUCCAAACGAUACCACUUAAAGGAAAACAUUUCUCAAGGGAUUGUGUCUUUGACAAUAGAGAACUUGACAGAGGCAGAUGCUGGGGCAUAUUGCUGCCGGGUGGAAAUCCUUGGUUGGUUUAAUGAUCAGAAAGUUACAGUGAUACUGAAAGUUGAACAAGCCAUUACCACUACUGCUCUAACAACCUUGGCUUCCACUCACCCAAUGCUGACAACCCUAACAUCUUCCACUUCUACUCUUCCAAUGUUGAUGACCACCAUGAACCAAAGCUCAGAUUCUUCCACUCCUGUUUGGGACAUAGUGACAACCAGCCCCUCAGUAACAUCAGAGGGGAAAAACUGGACACAGCCUGAUAUCCCAAUUGGAGUAAAUGAUACAGUGAUAGGGACUUCAGAAGACUACCACUGUGAAAACAAAACGGCCAUCCUACAAGACCAGAUGGUGACCACUAAUUAUAAAGUAUACAUUGGAGUUGCAAUCUUUGUUGUGCUGUUUCUCAUUUUGAUUUUAGUUUUCUUGCUUUUGAAAGGAUAUUUCUAUAACAGAAAGAAUGCACAAAGUCUACGUCUGGCUUACUUGGUACGUAGUACAAAUGAAGGUGUAAGGACCAGCACUGAAGAUAGCAACCGUGCAGAGGACAAUGUCUACACAAUGGAAGAGACUGUCUACACUGUUGAGGGCGAUAAUGUUUGCAUUAUUGAAGAGGAGGAUGUCUAUGCUGUACCAACAUGCAAUGGGAAACAGCAACCGUCCAAAAUUUGACCAUAACAUCCUCAACUGACAGUUCUUUUGACCUCUUUUGAACAAUUUCAACAAUAGAUGGUGACUGUGAAGAGGAUACGACCAAGUCGGCAGCAAACAACACCACCUUUAUAAUACUACAAAUUGUGCCAGAAAGAUGGGAGUUGAAUCUGGCACUGAUUUUCUUAAGCUAUGCCAUUUUGUUUCAUGUGUGGACAUAGAGAGUUCUGGAAAGCCUCACAAUCACAGCAGCUUUUAAUCAACCAAUAAAACAAAUAA